UCAUGCACGUGCAUAGAAUUUGCUUGCUGCUGUCAACGGUUACCCAACGACAGGACGUUUGAUUUAAUGAAUGAAUACACAUUUCAGGUUGAAAUACAACGCCUAUGUGUCAUGUGAAACGUGUUUUAUUGUCGAUAUGACUGACAUAAAUGUACCAGACAGUGUCAGUUAGCUACCUAAAACCACAUAAUCACAGCUAUCACGUGUUAAUGUAGCUAAUAAACCGUUCAAUCGUCGUAAUGGCGCUCCUCUCCUCUCUGCUGUGUUCACCGGUUCGUCUCGUUUCACCAUCUCGGUUACGAUUUUGGGAGCUGGCCAUUUGCAAACGGAGAACAUGGCUCUCCAUGUCGGUCCAUCGUUGUUACACGUCGGACACUACAAACUCAGUUGAUCAUCUCAGCUGUGGACUUGAGAGGUACAAGGACUUACAGAAGUAUUUCAACAGGAGACUGAAGGCAGCAUACCGCAGAUUCUCCAACAUGCCUGAUCCCUCAUUGGUCUGUGGACUUCACCAUGUGUAUUUCAUUGAGGGUGACGGCAUCUACAGAAUGGACCGGAGACAAAGCGACCCAGAGCCAGAGCAGGUGUUACAUUUAGGACACGUCUCUCGGCAGCAGGAGAAGACAGGACUUGAGAAUAAAGAGAGGAUUCAGUGGACUGUCCAGAGAAUACGUCUGUCCCCACAGGAAAAGCAUCUUGCUGCCACACUAAAAACUACUCACAGAGAAGAGUUAAGGUGUGUGGUGGUGAAGCUUGAUCUUGAUCCCCCACACGUCACAUUUACACUGGACAAAGUCUUCAGCUUUGAGUGGGCCACGGAUGAUGUCCUGUUCUACACGACUCUGGAGGGUCUACGCUGCACCGCAGUGUUUCGGCUGGACCUGACCUCCAGUGGAAGCAGGAUAGCUUCUGUGUAUGAGGAAACACAUCCUGAUGUGUUUGUGGAGGUUGCCCUUUCCAGAGACCGGCAGAUACUGAGCAUUAACUGCAACAGCAGGACCAGUUCAGAGGUGCUGUUCAUAGAUAGGACAACAUCCCAUUUAGAGCCUUUCCUGGUUCAGCCACGCCAGCUGGACCUCCUGUACCAUGUGGAGCACUGGAGAAAGUCUCUGAUUAUACUGACUAAUACAGGGCCUGGACACGAAUAUCAGGUGGUUCAGACCCCUCUCUCAGAGCCAUCCAUGGUCUCCUGGGUGCCUUUGUUUUGCCCCGACCCUGGCACUGCUGUCAAAGACAUGGACGUGGUUGGAGACCAUUGUGUGUUGGUUGCAAGAGCAGCAGCUGCUGAACUCGUCCUGAUCGUAGUCCCGCUGAGCCAUCCCAAGGAGGCAUACACUGUACAGCUCCCCUCCUGGGCCUGUGCCAUCCAAACCAAGAAGCCCGGCACGGCAGACCAACGCAGUGUGUUAGAGUUCUUAAUUUCAUCUCCAGUCCACUUCCCGGUGCCCUACUGUCUAUACCCUGAGGAUGGGAUACUUUCAUCAGACACUGAAGAUGAGUCCUCCCCUGGGAACCAGGGCAAGAAUGCCACCACACGCUUAGAGGCCUGCAGCCAAGAUGGCACCUUGGUGCCAGUGACACUGUUUCAUUCAGGACCUGUGGAGGGUUUGAAACAGGCGCCACUGCUCGUCCAUGUCUACGGAGCUUAUGGCAGAGAUCUCAACAUGGAGUUCUGCGCAGAGAAAAGGCUGCUGCUGGAGCAAGGCUGGGCUCUGGCCUACUGCCACAUCAGAGGUGGAGGAGAGCGGGGUCUCUCCUGGCAAAGACAAGCUUGUGUAGAGGGGAAGCAGAGAGGAGUGCAGGACCUCCAAGCCUGUCUCCAUCACCUCUUCUCCUUAGGAGUCUCCUCUUCUUCACUCACUGCCCUAGCCUGCAGUGCUGGGGCUGUGCCAGUGGGAGCACUGUGUAACAGACACCCACACAUGAUGCGUGCUGUCACACUGCAGGCUCCUUUCCUGGAUGUUUUGGGAACUAUGGAGGAUCCCAGCCUGCCUCUAACUUUGGAGGAUAGAGAAGAAUGGGGGGACCCAGUAGGAAACCCAAAACAUAGACUCACUAUCUCCUCCUACUGUCCCCUUCACAACAUAACCCCUCAGUGCUACCCAUCGAUUCUGCUGACUGCCUACAGCGGUGACGCCAGGGUUCCUCUGGCAGGUGUCCUCCGAUACACCGAGCAGCUAAAAAACGCCAUUCAUACACACUUCACCGUGAAACCAAAGUCAAAAUGUGAACAAGCACCAAACAUAGUUCUGAAUAUCCAACCUGGAGCAAAUCACCUCGGACCAGAAGACUUCGAGCUGAUGCUGGAGGAGGAAGCCCUCGCACUAGCAUUUCUAUACACAGAGCUGGGCCUGGACCCUCCUCGACCUCGGAGGAGGAAGAGAUAGCACGCCUACCAGGAAUCAAUGACCCAAACAUCUACCAUUAGAACGACAACUAUGAUGACAUAAUGGUGCCCAAAUCUUUAACCAUACCAGUGGAAGAGACGAC